AUGAGCGGACAAUUAACACAAGCUUGUAUAACAAGCGUUGAUGGUCAUUCGCUGAAUUUAUUCGCAAGGAAUGAUGAGGUUUUGAAGCGAAUUGAUGCAAUUCGUCCAUUAUCUAAAUUCAUUCUAAUCAUACAACCGUAUGAUUUUAUCAAAGAGUUAAAAAGAGCAGUUAAAAAGCUUAAAAAUUUUAGUCAUUCCAUGCGCGUAUCAACAGAUUAA